CUGCAGAGGGAUGUGUUUCAACACAAUGACGAACGACUGAUGACUUUAAUCGGUGUCACGAAAGCGCAUAAGAAGAAGAAGAUCUACUUCUUGACGAUUGUCUUGAAUGACAUGAAACGACAAUUCAUUAUAUAUUUGAUCAAAAAGACUGACCAAUACUUCCGUAAACACAAGAACUGGUCAUUGAAUGACUUGCGAGUCGUGGACGCAAAGUGUGGCCAAUCGGCGGACACUCCGGAGUUUGAGCUCCACUUCCAUAACAAACAGAUCUACAAAUGGAUGGCCACUAGUCUUAACGAUAAGUACUCUUUCAUCCAAUGGCUGACACGUCUGUCAUCGCAGAAGUCUUCGCCACAAAGAAUCCAAUUCUUGAAUGUUCCCAAAGAGUCAUUGAUGUCCAGUGAGAGUCUCGAGAUGAAGCCAUUGGCAGUGAAUGGCAAUAAUGGAGACAAUAGUCAGACCAAUGACUACAUGAGUGACGACGAGGAGUCAUAUCAGGCGCUGACGAGUCGCGAAGAAGCAGAUCUCGAGCGCCUUAUGUCUCAGUGCGAGUUCACUAUACAUAACGCCGAGGCCUUCACCGAACAGCUCACCAAAGAAGUCAAUUCCAUGGACUCGACUAACAUCCAGAAUAUCAUGGCUUCAGAGCAGAGGGUUUUGGGUUUAAUGCAAAUCCUUCAGAACGCCAUCGACGAGACGCUCAAACUCGAGACCAGAAUCAGUCAUUACGAGAGUCUCAUGAAGAAUGUCAGGGAUGUUGUCCUUCAGGUGGAACAGAAGGAGGCAGUCGUUCAGACACAGAACGACAACAACACCAAACUGUUGAUGGAAUUGGAAUUCCUUAUCAAUCAAUUGGAUUUCCCUAAAAAAGAUGAAGACAUUCUUCUGGAGGGAGACCUCACCACCAAAAUGGGAAUCGCUUUGUGUAUAUCGUCGGCCAAUGCGUUGCAAAAGGCACUGAACGCCAACAUUCACCCGUCCCUCUCAUACAUGACUGCAGUUCAAGAGCAGAGAAAACUCUUGGAUAGGACUUCCACUCGGUUUUCAUCCAGACUUUCGCAUCACUUGAAUAACCUCUUCUCGCAUCUGACCAAUCAAUACAGCGAUCACUUCCUGUCAAUCAUAUCUCGGGAAGAACUGACACUUCCGUCCCACUCUCUGAUCCACAAUACGCUCAGACCUUACAGUCCUUUAGUGAAGUGGUUGCGCACUAAUGACACCGAAAUCUUUGCCCAUUUGGCGAAGAAUUACCGCAAUUUUGUGAGCAAUCAAUACGAAAGAGAAUUGAGUCUAUUCUUUGAGUUAUCAAAAGAGCGUCUCUCUGGAGGUCGUUAUGUCUCGGGAAACAGUACUCCCCCUCAGAAUCCUGACUACAGGAGAAAGACAUUACCGGCCAGUGAUGGCUCUAACCGAAGAAAUUCUGGUUCAACCACCGGAACGCCAGUCAGUUCUGACCACUUCGAGACGUCUUCGACUAGAAGUUCAGAAAUAAGUUUAAGUGAAUGGGAAGAGUUCGACACUUGCAUCGAACGGAUGCUCUCAGCUGUAGAUCCCAUCUGUUUGUCUGAACAACAAUUCUGUAUCGAGUUCUUCGAUCUGGAAAUCACUUCUGGCACCCAAUCGGUGACAAACACUUCCAUCUGUUCGAGUCCUUCGCCGUCACAUCAAAGUCAAGGCAGUAGUGAAACCGCGGACUCCAAGAAGAGCGAACAAAUCAGACCAAUGAUGACUGAAUUGUUUGCGGCUCUCGAACCAGAAUUUAUCAGUUUUUCCACUUUUUAUGAUAAAAUAGAUGGUCUUUACUCUAUGUAUCUGUUGGUAAGACUGACGCAUCACGUGCUCUCAGCUCAAGACACGGCAUCCUUUCUGACCAAAGCUUAUGGAAAUAUAUUAAUUCAAGUGAAGAGGAAUUUUGAUCGCUUUAUGUCAUCGCAACAAAACGCUAUCGAAGAAUCGAAAGCUCCGAAACGUCCCAAAUGUGGAGUUUUGCCAUUCAUUAAGAGGUUUGAGAUUUUCGCAAAACAGGCCGAAAACAUAUUCAAGAAUGCGGUCCAACGGAGGACUGAUAUCGACCGCUGGUAUACAGUAUUAGUGCGCUCUAUGUUUGAUGCCAUCAAUCGGAUCGCCAGAGAUCACCACAAAACGCCUUCUGAGAUGAUUCGACUCGAAAACUAUCAUUACUUACAAAACACUUUAUCGUCGCUUAAGAUCUUGUGUUUAGAGAAUGAACGCAAAGAGGCGAGGAAUCGAUACACAGAAGCGCUUAAGGAUUACGUGAAACGCUAUUUCGGUCGACCCCUCGAAAAACUGAACAUUUUCUUCGAAGGCGUUCAGCAAAAGGUAUCGCAAGGAGUCAAAGCGGAAGAGAUUGGAUAUCAGUUGGCGUUCAGUAAACAGGAGUUGAGAAAAAUCAUUAAAGACUGCAAUUUGAAAGAAGUUAAGAAAGGGUUGGAAGAGAUGUAUAGGAAAGUGGAGAAACACGCGUGUGAGCCGGACACCAAUCUCAUACAGGUGAUUUGGCGUUCAAUGCAAGGAGAGUUCAUAACCCAGUAUAAGACAAUCCAAGAGAUGAUCGAACGGUGCUAUCCGGACGCCAACAUUACCCUAUCGUUCACUAUAGACGAUGUGCUGAAUGUCUUCUCAGAAAUAGCACAAACACAUUGAAUCCAUA